UAACUGUAACUUAAUCUGUACUGAAGUCCUGUGAAACGAGGUUCAUCGAUGUUGUCCGCUACCGUUCCCGAACGCCGUUCGACUCUGAUGAGUUUGACACUUCACACAACAAAGAAUGAUCGGCGCGAUGCCGACACACGACACAAAUAGUGGGGAGAGAGACGGGCUUAUAAAAAUGAUUUGGCAAACAAGCGGUACGACUGCUGCGGAGGGCGCCUAGAUAGCAAACCUUAUAUAUCUGACAUCGACCAAGACGAAAUCGUUCUGGGGUGCGUGCAGUGUAAUGAUUAUUUGACGACGGCGGUAGUAUAUCCGUAGAUCGUCACCGCAGCUGACUUGAACGAGCACAGAGAGGACCCUGUGAGAAACAGAGAGGAUGAAGCGUUCCAUAGAAAUGAAACUGCUUUUCAUAGGAGUCCUAGCAGCUAUCGGCUGGGUACAGGUGGCCGAAGGUGGAAAACUGUUGAAGCUUGCAGCGGCCGCCGCGAUUAUCCGAGGAGGACCAACAAUUCCGAUACCGAUACGCUACCCGGUACAUGUACCUCAUCCCAAAGUCGUGAAGGUGCCUGUACACCAUCCAGUGCCAGUAAAAGUCCCUGUACACCAUCACACCCAUUCGGUGAAAAAGAUCCCAAUUCCGGUGCAUAGCCAUAGCCAUUCUGAAAAGCACGUUCCUGUUCCCGUCCCUGUGCAUUCCCAUAGCCAUUCGUAUUCGGAGAAAGCCGUUCACGUGCCGGUUCAUCACUACAAUCAUCACCAGACGCACCACAUCCAUGAGACCCACCACAACCAUCAUCAUCACAAAGGCGGUUACGAAGGUGAACACGCUGAGAUUGGUGAUGGAAGCCAUGAAUGGCACGGCCAUGGAGGUCACAUCGGACACGCAGCUAUUGCUACUGAAGGUGGCCACGGAUGGCACGAGCAUGGUGGUAGUGAAUAUGGGGAACAUAUCGAGCUUGCUCACGGAGGCCACGAAGGACACGCGGUUCAGCUCGAAAACCAUAACAGUUUUGGAGGAUAUGAAAAUGGCCAUGGAAUAAACGACAUUGUACAUGGCUGAUGACAGCAGCAAUUCUAACUGCCUCAGACAUACUGCAGAAGCUUAGACAUAUGCAUUGAUGCAUAUGUGCUAGUCAGGCGCUAGGUGAAGCAAGUGAGGCUUGCCUACCCAUGUUAAUUGUUCUCCGAAUGCGGCCGGUUAUGUCUCUCUGUGUGCGCGUGCAAUACAAAUCUGACAUGAAAAGGUGUCAAUACUGUUCAAGUCCAUGCUUUUAAGUGUAAAUACUUGUGUUUUUUAUGCAGUCUGUGACUGUGAUGUGGUUAUAUAGAUACAAGUGAAAAUAUAUUGCUUUUUUUGUUAACGUUGCUACUGUAGAGGAUUACCACUUGCCACGAGUGACUUAUAGUUAAUGCGAUAUAACCUCGUGUUGUGUAUCUCGUUCAGGUUUCCACAAAGUCCACUGUGUAAAUAAAUAAAUGGUUUAUGGACGCCGAAAAUGCAAUUUCUGGUCCUUAUGAAAUAUUAGUAGUCCUCAGUACUUUUUUGUUUACUUCAAUGAAGGGGCUUCGUUGGAUAGACGAAUGCAAUCGUUAAGCAUAAUGGCCACUGUGAAAACGACGAGUGACGUAUGAUAUAGAGACGACCAACGAUCAAUGUGUUAUUUAAUUUUUUUAUAUGUUAUUGUGAAGUUUAGCAUUUUUUUUUUUCAAAAAUACAAGGAAGAUAGAUACAAAUUCUAACAUAUGUAGGAACUCAGUUAGGCUCUCCCUCCGGGCCAGCAUGGGCUCAUGCUUUUUGAUAAUACCAUACAAAUUUUGGAUUCUGUUUCGUGUUAGCUUUCGCAUAGCACUUACAGAGCAGAAAUUUUAUCCCCUAUUGUGUACGAGUUGUUGAUAGUAAGCCGAGCACCUCUGUUCAAGCAAUUCAUCCCCGGACCUAAUUUAGUUGUAUUUAUCCUGAAAAAGCAUCACUUAAACUAAAAGAAAAUAACCAAUCUUUGUUGAUCACCAUCCCGUGUAAAGAUUAGGUGUGGGAAACACAUAUAGCACCUAGGCUCAACUUUUAGGGCAGAAAAAUUAAGGCUUCGUACGAGCAGAAGGCAGGUUUGCGCGUUUUACGCCGCUGUUUGUCAUGGGCCAAAUCGGGCUAACUCUAAUCAAUUCUAUACAGGGUAUUCUAGCGAAGGGUACGCGACACAGAUUUCUACCAGUUUCAAGGACCCUCACUUGAAGACCAGCCAGAACGGAGCAAACAUAGGUCACGAUCGUUGAGCGCUGUAUUUUGUCAAUCGUUGUCAGCUACAGAUAAUUGUCCUGCUAAAAGUCCGAGUAGAAAGCUAAAGAGUCCCAAUACUUCUAUCAGCAUAAAUACGGCAUUCCAUUUAAAUGACGAUGUGUUUUCCUAGCAAAACGUAGGGUAGCCAAUAAUCCCUGGAAAACGCCUGGAAAUAAUUUUUUUUAGCAUAUUUUUAAGGUGAUGAAAUUCGCUGAUUCCACAUUUUUAUAUCUAUUGCAGUACACGCACGCCAUUGUUAUAAAUAUGCAAGUAAACGCAUAGACGGCAAAUAGGCUACGAUGUGUAGUAGGCCAAAAAUAUAAUUUUAUUAUGGCCAUUCGCUCGUCAUACACACAAAUGCCAUUAUACUGCCACAAUUGUAGAGACAGCUAUAAGGCCAUGUGAGGCGACAACGACACGUAAGAACAAUAACGUCACUAACUUGUAACUAGCUGCGUCCGCCCAUCCCAUCAAGGAAGGUAUCUUAAUUCGCGAGUAAUUCGCCGCGUUACCAUCACAAUAGGGGCAGGCCACCUGUUUUAGUGAAUGCCCCAAGAUAAAUAAACACUGAGGGCAGUUUAAUUUUGAUACAAACUGACAACAAGGGCGGUACUAAUAUAGUGCAGAGGUAGAGCAUGCUGCCGCAAAAGCACAAAAGAAUAUCGCGAUCAUAGGAAAGCCAGACACUUCAACGAGCUGGUAGGAAUGAGUGACUCGGUGAACACCCGUGUGCAAGCCCCGAGAAGAGCAAGGUUGAAGUCGCCGUUCCACACAGGCGGUCGCCAGCAAAAUGCGAUGCUUCGUUAACAAUUGCUUCACCUCUGCCGUCUUCGUAGCCGCGAUCUAUAGUUGGGUCGAAUCAGCCCACGGGAAAAGCUGCUGAAAGCGGCGGCGACCGCACGCGCCGUCGUUUUGGCCAGAGAGUCGAUGAUGCCAAUACCCAUACACUACGCCGUGUACGUGCCACAUCGUCAAAGUGCCUCUGCACUCAGUGUAGCCCACCGCUGUAGCUCUUCGGAGAAGUGGCUGGCUGUACUAAACUCCGACAAAGAGCAUUACGAUGCUGAUCGUGUAUGGCACUAACGUUGUGCGGAUUCAUUGUGUUACUAGUACAAUAGUCGUAAUCCACAGUCAUUGUUAUAGAAUAGGAUAAAUUACCUACAUUUUGAUAGAAAGUAGAAUUCAUCGUUUACCGCAACUACGGCAGAGGCAGGAAUAAUGGUUUACAUUUUUAGUCGAAGAUUUCGUCGUCCCACGAUGACCUCACCUGAGUAUCCGAAGCGUUAGUACUCAUUUGCACACACGUCUCGUCUAUGCGCUAUAUCGAUUAAUCCGCAUUUCAAAUACAAAUAGUUACCGGCAUUGUCAACACAUUUAAGAAUCAUUAUACUUCGUCAUAUAUAUUGCCUAACUGCAUACCUCUAUAUUUUACAGUAUAUUAUAUAUAGUUUUAUUUGACAAAAGCAUAAAUAAAUUGAUACGCAGCUUU